CUCCGUCGCCCCGUCCCUUCCCACAAACUCGCAGUUGCAGCCCUGCUCUCUCUCUCUCUCUCUCUCUAGCAGCAAUGGCAGCUUCUCUCUCCAUCUCCAGACUCCUCACCACCACCUCCGCCACCGCCACCGCCGCCGCCGCCUCCUCCCUUCUCCCUCCCAAAUCCCUCUCCUUCGCCUCCCUCGCCGUCCCCCGCCGCUCCUCCCUCGCCAUCCCCCGCCGCCUCGUCCGCCUCGGCAAGCCCCUCCGCCUCUCCACCGCCGCCACCCCCACCCGCGCCGCCAUAUCCGUGGGCGACAAGCUCCCGGACGCCAGCCUCUCCUACUUCGACCCCGCCGGCGAGCUCCAGACCACCACGGUCUCCGCCCUCACCGCCGGGAAGAAGUCGAUCCUCUUCGCCGUCCCGGGGGCCUUCACCCCGACGUGCUCGCAGAAGCACCUGCCGGGGUUCGUGGAGAAGGCGGGGGAGCUGAAGGCGAAGGGCGUGGACACCAUCGCGUGCAUCUCGGUGAACGACGCCUUCGUGAUGCGGGCGUGGAAGGAGAGCCUGGGGAUCGGCGACGCGGUCAUGCUGCUGUCGGACGGGAACGGGAAUUUCACGAGGGCGAUUGGGUGCGAGCUCGACCUGACCGACCAGCCGGUGGGGCUCGGGGUGCGGUCGCGGCGGUAUGCGCUGCUCGCGGAGGACGGCGUCGUGAAGGUGCUCAACCUGGAGGAAGGUGGGGCCUUCACCUUCAGUGGUGCCGAGGAUAUGCUCAAAGUCCUGUAGAUGUUUGCAAGUUUUCCUCUUUGUUUUGUUUUGUUUUUUUUUUGGCUGGUGUUGAGGGGUUGAGGCUCUUGUUGGGUUCUGAGUUUGAUAAGAGUUUUAGUUCCGACCUGUGCCUAAUAAAUUGAGAUGGAAUUGGAACUGCGGUUUAAUGCAGACACUUGAACAGGGAUUUUCCCUUCUGGGGAUUUCAAGA